CAGAAAAUUACAUAAUAACCUAGUGUACGAAAGAAGUAGUAAACGAUUAACCUUAGUUAUUUUUAGCGCAUGACGAACUUUCUAUUUACGCAUUCAUUCAUUUAUUUAUUAUUGAUUUAGGAAAAGCGAAAAAAAAAAAAAAAGAGUCAUCUAACAUGCUGGAAUAACUUUGAAAUCAUAAACUCAUCAAGAGUUGCUUUGCUAUACCAAGCUGACUCAAGAAGAAUGGCGCUUCUAGGGUUAACAUUGGUUUUGGCUUCAGUUGUCUAUGCUGUCAUCUGGAGGCCACCUUUGGUACAAACAUUCCUAGCCAUAUGGCGUGGCGAGCCCAUAAUUCAACAACCACCCCCGACACGUCGUCUACCUCCGCCGGCGACAAAGGAUAGGCUGGAUAGUGCCAUCCAGGAUGUGGAUGGGGACGGGGAUAGCACUAAGGAUGAGAAUGAAGAUGAACCACUACCCACAUCAAUACCUGAGUCGGAAUCCGUACCGACCACGAUGUCUAAAGUCAUAGCUGACCAGGGAGCUAUGCCGCCUCCUCCUCCUCCCCAUACCCCCUCAGCAACACAGCGAGCCAAUGGGGUUGCAAAUGCAUCAAUACCACAGAUUCGAUCUCCUUCAUCUUCGCCCCAAACCACACCAAAAGCAGUACCAUCAACGUCGCUCAACGGUAGUAACAUACCCUGCUUCUCUCUCUCCGACCCUCCUGCUUCAGUCGCCGCCAUCGCACGUGCUGCCGAUGUCAACCCCUCACUGACAACCCUACCUACUCUUUCUGCUCCCUCCCCCCCUCCUCACCUACCUACGCCGAUGCUACCGGUGCCCUCGAAAACGUCUAUGGCGCCGCCACCCCGCCCACCUACUCUGAACAAUAUAAAUAAUAGCGGCGGCGGCGGCGGCUCUUCUUUCCUGGGUGUUCCCUCACGCGGACCGCUUCCAAAUCGGCAGCCACAGCAUCAGUACGAUCGGCAGCCCGGGACCUCGACUCUCGCGCCGCCCCCAACCCACUCCACCAAACCGCAGAAGCCCUCGCGCAAGGUAACGCUAGAGCCAGGUCGUAGCCCGCUGGACUGGGCCCGUCUAGCGAACCAUCCAUCGUCCGAUCUGCGGAACCUGGGCCCCGGCGCCCCCUACCUGCGCGUCACCCCCAGCAUGUUGCGCCGGCAGACGGGGCGCAAGGGUAAAGAUGCCUGGACCGUGCUCGGUGGCCGCGUCUACAACAUCACGCCAUACCUGCCCUUCCAUCCGGGUGGCGAGCCCGAGCUACUGCGCGUCGCCGGCCGCGAUGGAUCCAAAUUGUUUGGCGAGAUCCACCCCUGGGUCAACUUCGAAACAAUGCUUUCGAGCUGCCUGAUCGGCCUGCCCGUCGAAGAGCAUGAAGCCAAGAGCGCGGGUGAGAUGGAUGCGAUGGAUUGAUUAAUGUGGAAGAAUCAGUCGUGCUUCUUCGCCACGGCGAUUGAGAGUUUCUUUGAUCCAGAGCAUUAAGCUAUAGCUUGUAAUAAUUAUAAUCGGCAUUCCAGUUAGGGCGAAGGCAGCGUGUAUGAUAUAGCAUGGGGUUGGUUGUGUAUCAUCAUCAGAAAGACAGACAGGCAUUCCAGCUACGUCACUCUCAUA